ACUGCUGGGUGGCGUGGCUCCUAUAUAAAGGGCGAGGGGAGGGCGGGAGGGACCCAGAGAGUGCCUGGCAGUGGCUGGGAUAAGGAGGGCUGUCAGUCUAGGAGACUUAAAGCUGAACUCUUGAGAAACUGACUGUCUGACUGGCUGGUUGACUGGCUUUUGUUUCCCUCCCUCUCUCUCUCUCUCUCUCUCUCUCUCUCUCUCUCUCUCUCUCUCUCUCUCUCUCUCUCUCUCUCUCUCUCUCUCUCUCUCUCACACACACACACACACAAACACAGAAUGUCAAAAUUAAAGACAAUACUGUAUCUUCUCUUCCUCAUCAUCACCACCACCACCACCAUCACCACGCCCCACAGACACAUCCUACAGGACUCCCUCGCAAGGACGCUGCAAGAGGUCCUACAGGGGCCACUCGAACGACUCCCAGUGACCCUACUCCUGCAGAAGGACCUCAAUGAAUCCUACAAUGUCAAUGUCCUACUGAAGAGGAUAAGGAAGGAUGUUACUGUAAUUAUGACCUUGGGGGGCUCUGAGGUCAUGGAAGGUCAAGUGAAGGAGAGGAGGAUAGGAGGCGCGGUCGUGGCCGUUGUGGAGGGCGCGCCGCCGUGGCCCCUGCACCGCCCACCGCCCUCUUGGUCCCCCUCCACCUUGCUGCUCCUGAAGGUGGGGGACUGCAAGGCGCGGAGGCUGCUGCAGACACCCCUGGCACAGCGCACACCUGCCCUGGCCCUCCUGUGUUUGUCCCUACAGGAGGAGGAGGAUGAAGAAGGAGAAGAGGUAGAAGGGAGGAACUCUAGACAACGGGAGAAAGAAAGUAUAUAUGAUGAUGAUGAUUUUGAGGAAGAGGAAGAGGAGGAGGAGGACGAGGAGGAGGGGAAAGUCAACAAAAACGAAGGAAACAAUGACACGAAGCCAAUAAAUGAAGAGAAGGAGGAAGAGGAGGAGGAGGAGGAGGAAAAGAAUGAAAAACUGAACAAGAACAAAGAGAAAAACGAAAAAGAGAAGACCAGCACCACGAAGCCAAUAAAUAAAGGAAGAACAAAGAAACCAAAAGAUGAAGAAGAACACAAUGCUGAACAACACAAAGAAGGAGAGGAGGAGGAACUGACAAGAACUCUGAGGCACCCAAGAGUUAUGACAUGGCUUCCCUUCUCCCCCGGGGGCCCAAGAUUCCUGUCCCUGGGGGCGUGGAGUGAGCGAGCCUUCCCCACCUUCCACUCCCUCUUCCCCCGGCGGUUCGAAUCACUCGGGGGCGCGGUGGUGGGCGUGGCGAGCGACAUGGACGACGCUCCGCUGGUUUUUCGAGACGAGGAGGGAGAGUUUGAUGGCACCAGCAAGAGACUUCUCGACGUGAUCGCCAGCAGGAUGAAUUUUUCGUACACACUCACCGAUAGGGCGCCUGAUAACAAGUGGGGGGAGCUGGAGAACGGUACAUGGGUGGGGCUACUAGGGGAGGUGUACCGUGGCAACAAGCAUCUAGCCAUCAAUUACUUUACCAUCACAGAGGAAAGGGCACGGUUCUUCGACUACUCUGUAUCCUACCUGACUGAGGGGUUCGGGUUCGCCCUGCCCAUACCUCCGGAGCUUCCCAAGUGGACCAAGCUGGUGUAUCCCUUCGCGUGGGACAUGUGGGCGGCUGUGGGCGGGGCGACUCUGGCUGCAACCGCCGCCCUCCUGCUCCUCUCCGCCCUGCAGCUUCACCCACACCCAACCCGCCCCGCCCCCACCGGCCUAGCUCCCUCCCUCGCCUUUGUCAUGAAGGGUUUAGUGAGCCAGGCCCAGGCGCGGGUGCCGGGGCCCUGGUCAGUGCGGAUGUUCCUCGGGGGGUGGUGGCUAGUUGCCUUCGUGGUGGACAUCGCAUACACAGGCUGCCUCAUCGCUGUGCUAACCGUGCCCUCCUACCCUGCCCGCAUACACGCCCUUGCCCACCUAGCCCUCAGCCGUAACAGACUGUGCAUGUUAGACUACGGGGAAUUCGUUCCUGACGCUCUUUUGGCCUCGGAAGACAGAGUAAUGAGGACCUUAGGCGAGAGAAUGGACCUUUCCCCUACCACUGACGUUGGCUUCUACGGGCAGGAGGCAUGCGCAGAACGAGUACUAGCAGGCAUCAGUGCGCAUGUGGAGACCUACGCUUAUCUCAAGAUUACCUACGUGGAUAUGGGCCUUGGGGAUCGCGUCUAUAUCAUGAGGGAACAGGUGUACGAGGGGAACCUAGCUUUCUUCUUCCGCAAGCACACGCCGUGGGUGGCCGCCGUGGACCGCGUGAUGCGUGCCGUGAUAGAGGCAGGCUUUGUGGAGAAGUGGCAGGCGGAUAUACUCGAGGGACUGGGCAUGACGGGACGAGAGGACGACUCAGGGUCCAGGCCACAGCCCCUCGGUCUGGCACAUCUACAAGGCGCCUUUCUCCUCUUCGGGACAGGCCUGGGCGUCGCUCUCGUGGUCUUCUUUUGUGAACACCGAAAGGGAAGGGGAUCAUCUCGGGUUACGUCUCCCCCUCAACUACUAAAAGAGAAAUAAAGAACAUAAGAACAUAAGAAAUAAGGGAAGCUGCAAGAAGCGACCAGGCUUACACGUGGCAGUCCCUGUAUGAAAUAUACCUACCUAUUUCCAUCUAUUAUCCCCCAUCCAUAAACUUGUCUAAUCUUCUCUUAAAGCUCUCUAGUGUCCUCGCACUAACAACAUGAUUUGACUUCUUUAGCUUAUCCUAUUACUGCUGUGGUCUUUUUCUGACAUUCCAUGAAAGAGAUUGUUUGCAUGGACAUACAGAAAAGAUUACUUUCGUUUGCAUGGAUAAAAAAAAAGAGAAAAGUAAUUUUGUCUUCUCUAACUACAAAACUGUUUGAAAUUAUAAUGCAAAAUAAGUUCAGAAUACUUGUAAAGAUUCUAGAAAUCUUCAAAACACUUAAGAUGUGUGCAUGGACACAGAAAAGGAUGAAUUUUCUCUCCUCUAAUUACUACACAAUUAUUUGAAAUCUAUAUGACUGGAAAUUUAUGGAUGAUUACGGAAAAUUUUUCUAAGUAGCAGAGUAGAAGGACUAAUUAAUAUGAUAUUACUAGAAAUACUCUUUGUAAAUAAAUAUACAAGCAAUGC